GGAGGCCGCCGCAAGCCCCGUGCCCGCUCCGCCCAGCCGCGGCGGGUCGGACGUCCGGAGCCCGCGGGUCCCCGGCAGAGGUCCGAGGAAGAAGCGUCCCCCACCCAGUGGCCGGGAGAGCGGUGGGGAGCAGUGGGCAUCAUGCACAGUCGUAUCGCGUCCGCCGGGCAUUCCGCGUACCGCCCCUGAGUCCGGCCGGAGCUGGGACGCAGGGCCCGCCCGCGCGGCCGCACCAUGAGCCACGGGCCCAGCCCCCGGCUGGCCGAGUCCCCGCAGCUGUCCAAGGGCAGCCUCCUGACCAUCCUGGGCAGCCCGUCGCCCGAGCGCAUGGGGCCGGCCGACUCGCUGCCGCCCACGCCGCCCAGCGGCACGCCGUCGCCGGGGCCGCCGCCCGCGCUGUCGCUGCCGCCGGCGCCCGCGCUGCUGGCCGACGGGGACUGGGAGAGCCGCGAGGAGCUGCGGCUGCGGGAGCUGGAGGAGGCGCGCGCGCGGGCGGCGCAGAUGGAGAAGACGAUGCGCUGGUGGUCGGACUGCACCGCCAACUGGCGCGAGAAGUGGAGCAAGGUGCGCGCCGAGCGCAACCGCGCGCGCGAGGAGGUGCGCCAGCUGCGCCAGCGCCUCGACGCGCUCACCAAGGAGCUGGCGGGCGCGCGGCGCGAGCGCCAGGAGGCGCAGGGCGAGUGCGAGGCUCGGGGCCGCGAGCUGGCGCGGCUGCGGGGCGCCCGGGGCAACGCCGACAGGACGCCGGCCGGGCCGGAGCCCGAGCGCGAGCAGGAGCCGGUGCGCGACGUCGGGUCGGAAGUGUCCCAGGGCAGCCAGGAGCUGGAGCUAGUGGAGAGCCUGAUGAAGAGCAGACCAGAGGAGCCCGAGGGCUGCUGGGAGGCACGCGGCGCGGGGGCCGGGGGCCCACGAGGCGGCUCAGGCCGCCAGGAGCGCAACCGGCUGCCUUGGGAGGACACGGCCGCCAUCGAAGAGGACGCAUCCAAGUUGACCGCCCUGCGGCUGCGGCUAGAUGAGUCCCAGAAGGUGCUGCUCAAGGAGCGAGAGGAUAAACUGGCACUGAGCAGGAACAUUGAGAAGCUGGAGGGGGAGCUCAGUCAGUGGAAGAUCAAGUAUGAGGAGCUGAACAAGACCAAGCAGGAGAUGCUCAAGCAGCUCAGCAUCCUGAAGGAGGCUCACCAGGACGAGCUGGGCCGCAUGUCCGAAGACCUAGAGGACGAGCUCGGUGCGCGGUCCAGCAUGGACAGGAAGAUGGCCGAACUGAGGGGCGAGAUGGAGCGGCUGCAAGCCGAGAACGCGGCCGAGUGGGGUCGCCGUGAGCGGCUGGAGACCGAGAAGCUGGGCCUGGAGCGGGAAAACAAGAAGCUUCGGGCGCAGGUCGGGGACCUGGAGGAGGCACUGGCCCGGCGGCGGAGGCAGACAGCCAGCGCGCUGGACUGUGACCUGCGGGCCAGCCAGGCUGCACUUUUCGAGAAGAACAAGGAGCUAGCAGACCUGAAACACGUGCAUGGCAAGCUGAAGAAGCAGUUCCAGGAGAAGGUGGCAGAGCUGGCACAUGCCAACCGGCGGGUGGAGCAGCACGAGGCAGAGGUGAAGAAGCUGCGGCUGCGGGUGGAGGAGCUCAAGAAGGAGCUGGCCCAGGCCGAGGAUGAGCUGGACGAGGCCCACAACCAGGCACGCAAGCUGCAGCGGUCGCUGGACGAGCAGACGGAGCAGAGCGAGAAUCUCCAAGUGCAGCUGGAACAUCUGCAGUCCAGGCUGCGAAGGCAGCAGCAGAACGCGCCCCUCUUCGGGAAGAUCCGAAGCACUCGCUUCGGCACCGAGGAAGCUGGGGACGGAGCCAGCGACCUGGAUGAGGAUGAGGACCUGCAGAUCCAGGUGGCCUAGAGCUCCCAGGGCUCCACAGGACUGGCCCGUGGCCGCAGGCCCCCAGGGGCCUAGGCUGACGGGCCAUUCGGACUGAUGCUGCCGUCCGCACUCCCCGCCGCGGCUGACUUCCUCCUGUCCCAGGGUGGGGGUCAAACGUCCCACCCUAGCAACACCCCACGGAAGGGAAGCCAAGGCCUCUGUUUUGUAUGUGUAUAUUGUAUGUAUGUGCACAAGGUCCUUGGACCCAUCUGAUCUUAUAAAAACAGGACCGCUCCAGGGCCCGGUCACAGCACCCCCAUCCACGCAGGACCUUCACUCGGGUGAGGGCGAUGGCAAGGCGACUCCUGGGGCCUUGACCGGGCUGCCUCUCUGAAGCUUGGGGGUCAGGUGGAGCUGUUUAUAGUACAAUGUGACAAACUCAGUCUUUUGUAAUAAACGGAGUUUGGGUUC